UCAUGGGGCCCCCCGGCAAUAGGGGAUCAUGGGGCCCCUGUGUCCUUGCCCAAACUCAAAAAAGCCUAUGAAAAAGGCACCAGGGGAAUCUCAUGGGGCCCCCUACUGACCUCGGGCAGUGCCCGAGUUUCCAAAUGGUCAGUCCGCCCCUGGUAGUAGCUUCAAGGAUGCGCUACUAAAAUUAUAGUACAUUAUUCAAGGUGGUAUCCUUGAGAAAUUAUUGCUCCAUUAACACAGUGAUGGCUUCAAAAAUGCUUUGACACAUAGAAAAUGUGUGCAUUACAAUAAUAA